GGAUGACGCCGGCCUGGCCAUACGUCUGAUGGGGCAGGAUAGCACCGCGUCACUGAGACAUGAGCAUGUUGACACCCAGUGACACUCGCCAAGUUUUCCGUCAUGUAUCGCCAUCGUCCCCUCGGGUUCCGGCGAUCACUUUCCACGAUUCCGCCAAGCACAUCCACCUUCGCCGCCGCCACCUCCUCACUGCACUCACCAUCUCCUUCAAUUUCAUUGCACCCUUCACAACUUCUCUGCCCAUUGCAGAGCCGGUCGCUGCCGCACGCGGUCUCUUCCAGAUGCCUCCAUUUCGUCUGAACAAUCGUUAUUUCCUGGUGAGGGCUGGAGAGUCUCAAUUCGAAAACAUGGGAGUGAUUAACACGAACCCGGUCGCCAAGACUUCUGUCGAUAGUGGCUUGUCUGAAAGGGGGAAGAAGCAGGCGGUGAGAGCUGCUUUUGAUCUCAAGGAAAUGGGGGCUUGUGAUAAGAGUUGCUGGAUUUGGCCUGCCAUUACUCAGAGAGCUUAUCAGACUGCUGAAAUUAUUGCAUCUGUUAAUGGAGUUAGUAGAAGCUUUAUAGUUCCAGAAUACAGCUUUCUGGACGCCCGUGGGUUGGGUGCUUAUGAAGGCAAAAGCUUGGAAUCCAUGUCAGAAGUAGGAUUUCUCACCUAUAUACCGUUAGAUAGUAUUUCUCCAAACAGCAAACCACCUCCUGUGGAUGAUGGAACUCCAAAUGAGAGCGUUACUGAUGUUUUUGUUCGUGUAACGCAACUCAUGUCCAUUCUCGAAACUCAGUACUCAGGUGAUACUGUGGUUAUAGUUUCCCCAGAUUCUGACAAUUUGACGGUUCUUCAGGCUGGUUUGACAGGCAUUGACCUGCGAAGGCACAGGGAUUUGUCUUUUGCUCUUGGUGAAGUCCGUUUUGUUGAUGCCAAAAGCAUUCCUACUUAUAAGCAGCCUGCAUCUGCUGUAUAUAAAUGUUUGAACCCGCCAAAUUGUAACUAACUUUUCCCUUCUAAUCAAAAGCAGAAAAAGAAGGUAUUGGUGAA